CCAGGCGAGCUUGAUGAGCUUCGCCGCCAACUCAAGGAACUUGUAGAGAAGGGUUGGAUCUGGCCGAGUGUCUCUCCUUAUGGGUCUCCAUCGUACCUAAGAAGAAUGAGGGUACUCUUAGGAUGUGCAUUGACUAUAGGGGCCUCAAUGCCAUCACUGUAAAGAAUAGAGAGCCCCUACCGCUCAUCGACGAUCUGUUAGAUAGAGUGCAAGGGUGUCGGUACUUCAGUAAGAUAGAUCUGAAGUCCGGGUACCGUCAGAUUGUAAUCCGGCCCGAGGAUCAGCACAAAACCGCUUUCCAGAUCAGGUACGGUCUGAACGAAUUUGUGGUGAUGCCUUUUGGCCUUCGCAAUGCUCUUGGCACCUUCAAGCACGCUAUGAAUCGGAUAUUCCAUGACUGCUUAGAUAAGUUUGUCAUCAUGUACCUCGAUGACAUACUUAUUUUUAAUAAGAUUGUCGAGGAGCACGUUGCAUAUUUGGACAAAGUCCUCAGUCUCCUGCGACAACACAAGUUCAAGAUCAACGGUGAGAAGUGCGAGUUUGGCCGCACCCGUGUCUUGUACUUGGGUCAUGAGAUUUCCACGGAAGGGUUGAAGCCCGAUGACACGAAGGUGGCCAACAUUCGUGAUUGGCCACGUCCUCAGUCUGUGACUGAGAUGAGAUCUUUCUUGGGAAUGACAGGCUACUAUAGGACUUCCGUUAAGGACUAUAGCAUAGUGGCCGCUCCUUUGACUGAUCCGACCCGCCUUGACACCCCAUGGGAGAGGACAGAUGAGUGCGAGGCUGCCUUCAGACACCUGAAGCAUGCGUUGACGCACUACGAGGUCUUGAAACUUCCUGAUCUUGACAAGCCGUUCAUAGUUACCACGGAUGCCAGCCGAUAUGGCAUUGGCGUCGUGCUCGCGCAGCAGGAGGGGCCAAAGUUGAGGCCUAUCGAGUACAUGUCCAAGAAAAUGUCGUCUCAGAAGUUGGCUAAGUCCACCUAUGAGAAGGAACUCUAUGCAGUUUACAAGGCUCUGACCCAUUGGAGACACUAUCUCCUUGGGAGAUUCUUCAUCCUCAGGACUGAUCAUCAAACCCUGAGAUGGAUGAGAACCCAGCCUGUACUUUCUGACGCCCUCAAGCGUUGGAUCGAAGUCAUUGAACAAUAUGAUUUUGACCCUCAGCAUCUCAAAGGGGAGUACAACAAGGUUGCGGAUGCCUUGUCGCAUAGACCUGAUUUCUCAGUUCUUGGCAGGUUACUUGGGUCCAUCACCUCUUUACGUAGUUUGUUUUUAGGCGAGUGUCAUGAUGCCACCGGCCAUUUCGGGUAUAAGAAGACCGCAGCCAACUUGCUGCAGCGGUUCUGGUGGCCCACGACGAUGAGAGAUGCCCAGCUGUACGUGGAGACUUGUCAAGUUUGUCAGCGGGACAAGCCACGUACUCAGGCUCCUCUUGGGCUUCUGAAGCCCCUUCCGAUUCCGGAACGGCCUGGUGAGAGUCUGUCCAUGGAUUUCACGGAUACUCUGAUCACCAGCAAGAGUGGGAUGCGUCACAUCUUCGUCAUCGUGGAUAGAUUUAGUAAGUAUGCUAGGUUAGUGGCAAUGCCGGAAACAGCCAGAACGGAGUAUGUGAUCAGAAUGUUUAAAGAGAACUGGGUCAGGGACUUUGGUUUACCGAAGUCUAUUAUUAGUGACAGGGAUGUCCGGUUCACCAGCGAGUUAUGGAAGGCCGCUGCUGCAGAGCAGGGAACUCAGCUGCAGAUGACUUCUGGGAAUCACCCAAAGGCCAACGGUCAGGCUGAGCAACUGAACCGCGCUGUACAACACCUGUUGAGGCAUUACAUCAAGCCCAACCAGGUGGACUGGGAUGAGAAGCUUGCUCUCAUCGCCAGCCUGUAUAACAAUGCUGUACAUAGCGCUACUGGGGUGAGCCCGAACAGUCUACUACUGACUUUUAAGCCUAGACUACCCCUUGACUUUCUCCUUCCUGAGAAUCAAUCAACUGCUGCACCGGGUACUUCAGAGUUUGCCUACAGGUAUGAACAGAAAAUGCAGCAGGCUGUAGAGCAGAUGCAAAAGGCACAGGCAGCAAUGAUAGAGUCUGAAAAUAGACACCGCCGGCCUUCUACAUUUCAGGUUGGGGAUAGGGUAUGGGUUAAGUCUUCAGAACUGGGACAGGAGUACGGGAUCUCCCGUGAACUCAUGCCCCAGUACUUUGGACCUUGGGAAGUCUUGGACAUCGUCGGGACUGAUCCGGAUGGGCCAUCUUACGUUAUCCGGAUUCCUGGUCAUCUCCGUAUUUACCCUGUUUUUCACGCCUCCAAGCUGGCACCUUUCAAAGAGACUGAUCAGUUUCCAUCUCGUCGCUCAAUGCUGCCCCCAACCAUGGACGGAGAGGUGGACAUCGAUGAUAUCGUGGAUCACAGAGAGCUGCCGGUAUCAAGAUCAGCAGGCAGGGGACGUCCUCCAAAACCAAAGCUGCAGUACUGCGUUCGGUUCCGGCAUCACACUGAUCCGAAGGAGGACCGCUGGUUCACCAGGGAAGAGCUCAUGCAGACUGCUCCUCAAGUUGUAACCCAAUACGAGAGAUCUCUGCAGAAGGGAAAGCCCUAUGAUCGAAGGCUGAGCUUCUCAGAGGACUGUCCUCCUUUGAUCGAGUCGAUUCAGGAUUGGACUAGUUUCAACAUGAUCUCACGAGGAUCAUCUUCGGUUAUCACGGAUAACAGGGUGCCCGAAGCGAGAACGGAAUGCGGUUUUGUGGGUGUUUUCCUUGCGGAUGCGGAUCUGGUGGAAGCCACUGCGGAGGUCAAUCUUGGUAAAAUAUUUGGCUCCACGGAGGCGAUCAAGACGCUCGGAGAUCCGAGGUAAGGGGUACUUGUUCUUGAUCGUGAUCCGAUUCAAGGCGCGGUAGUCUGUGCACAUCCUUAGUUCUGAGUUUCCACCUAUUUUUACAAAAAGGCAGCUUGUACCGAAGGGGGAGGAGCUUAGCUUAAUGAAUCCGUAGUAAAAAUUUGGGGAACAUCUCCUUUAGAGAAGACUUCCCAGAUUUGUACUAAGUCAGAUAAGAACUCGAAAUAAGACUUUGAGUUCUAUCAAGACAAAAUUUUAUCAAGACAAAAUUUAACUAACUCCUUAAAUUUCAAGAAAUUUUGGCAGCGUUUCACCUAGAAAAGUGUCAUUCCAAAAUUUAUACAAAGCUAAAUACAUAUCCAGAAAUGGUUCCGACUUCUCAAAGUGAAAUUUUGUCUAAAUUCCAGAAUUAAACAAAAACUGAGCAGCACUUCCCUAGAAAGGAAGGCUUUCCAUAUUUUUUACUAAGCCAGAUAUGAACUUAAACAAAAGCUUGAACUUUGAAAAUCCAGAAUUUGACUAACUCCUUAAUUUCAUAGAAGUUUCGGCAGCACUUCCCGUAGAGAAAGUAACUUUCCAAAAUUUAUACGAAGCUAAGUAAAAUAAAUUAUCCCUGAAAAUGCGAGAAUUGACCUAAGUAAAAAAAGUUAGCUAACAAAUAUGCAGGAAUUGA